GUGUAACGUACGAGGAACUCGGCAACAUGAUUUGUGUGAGGUGGCCAUUACCUUCAAUGGUGAAUACCAUAAGAAAACCUAGCAAUAUAUAAAGGGUCACGCACUCGGACUAGUCUCUCACUCACAUUUUACUUGCCUCUUUCCUUCCUUGCCUACUGAAAACCAAGCAAAAACAGCAUAGCAGUUUACGAUGGCAAGCCUCAUUGCUCCAGACCACUUCUCUCCUCACGACGAUGCAGAAGCGCUCAGAAACGCAUGCAAAGGAUGGGGGACCGAUGAGAAGGCUAUAAUCUCUAUACUGGGACAUAGAAACGCAGCACAGAGAAAGCAAAUCAGGCUUGCUUACGAGCAAUCUUAUCAGGAAGAUCUUCUCAAGCGCCUUGAGUCCGAGCUCUCUGGGGAUUUUGAGAAAGCGAUGUACCGUUGGAUCUUGGAUCCUGCAGAUCGAGAUGCUGUUUUGGCUCAUGUGGCCAUCAAGAAAUCUGAGUGUAACUACAAUGUCAUCAUCGAUGCAACCAUUCUAUCUCCUGAAGAGCUCCUUGCGGUAAGGAAGGCUUACCAAGUUCGCUACAAGCACUCCUUGGAGGAAGACUUGGCUGCACACACCACUGGUGAUAUCCGCAAGCUUUUGGUUGCUUUAGUGACUGCGUAUCGUUAUGAUGGUUGUGAGAUCAAUGCAAAACUGGCCAAUUCGGAAGCUGAUAUUCUUCAUGAUGCUAUCAAAGACAAGGCUUUCAAUCAUGAUGAAGUUAUUAGGAUCCUCAGUACUAGGAGCAAGACUCAGCUCAUGGCAACCUUUAACCGCUACCGAGAUGACCAUGGUACUUCCAUCAGUAAGAGUUUGUUGGAAGAGGGUGGUGAUGGUCUCCAGAAGGCACUGCAUGUAGCCAUACGAUGCCUCAAUGACCCCAAGAAGUACUUUGAGAAGGUUCUUCGCAAUGCAAUCAAGAGGGUUGGAACUGAUGAGGAUGCUCUCACUCGUGUGAUUGUGACAAGGGCCGAGAGGGACUUGAAAGACAUCAAAGAGGUUUACUACAAGAAGAACAACGUUUCUCUCGACCAUACUGUGGCCAAAGAAACUUCCGGGGAUUACAAGGACUUCCUCCUUACUCUGCUGGGGAAGGAAGAUUGAAAAUCUUCGCUGAGCAAAUUAGUAUGAUCAAGUGCUAUGAGUGCUCUGUUUUUCUAUUGAGUUUGAUGACUCUCUUUAUUUCCGUGUUUGUGUUUCCUUGUGGUGUGACUAUCUACCUUACCUCUGUGUAUGUUUGUUGGAGUUUAAGGUUUCUAUCAAGACUUUCGUUUUCGUUUCGGAUGUUAUGGAGUAUUAAUAAAAAAUUGAUUUACCUAA